UGUCUUCUAAAAUGCCGGUAGACAUUAAUCGGCUGACUGAAGGCUGGUUGGAAUUGGAAUCCGACCCCGGACUGUUUACAUUAUUACUUGAAGAUUUUGGUGUACAAGGAGUUCAGGUGGAGGAAGUAUAUGAUUUGCAAAAGCCAAUCGAAGGUCCAGUGUAUGGUUUUAUCUUCCUUUUCCGAUGGAUUGAAGAAAGGAGGGCCCGUCGCAAAAUAGUGGAGACAACAGCAGAAAUAUUUGUCAAGGAUGACGAGGCAGUUGCAAAUAUAUUUUUUGCCCAGCAGGUUGUACCAAACAGCUGUGCAACCCAUGCUCUACUUUCGGUAUUGUUAAACUGUGACGAAUCCGAUAUACAUCUUGGAGAGACGCUGGGAAGAUUGAAGAGCCAUACAAAGGGCAUGUCACCGGAAAAUAAAGGUUGGGCCAUUGGAAACACACCUGAGUUGGCUUGCGCUCACAACUCACAUGCCAUGCCACAAGCAAAACGGUUACUGGAGCGUAAUGCCGGUUCUGGCGUGUCGACGGGUCGAUUUACCGGCGAGGCUUUCCAUUUUGUAAGUUUUGUGCCUAUUAAUGGACACCUUUUCGAAUUGGAUGGCUUGAAACCUUAUCCAAUGGAUCAUGGAGGUUGGGAAGAAUGUGAAGAUUGGACAGAUAAAUUCAGACGUGUCAUGGCAGAACGUUUAGGCAUUGCCACUGGUGAGCAGGACAUUCGCUUCAAUUUAAUGGCUGUUGUACCCGACAGGCGAAUUGCUAUAACACACAAAUUGAAAAUGUUACGCACCAACCAGGCCAUAGUUUCCGGAACCCUUCAAAAACUACUUAAAGCAAAUGAGGCAACAUCGGAUGGAACAACUUCAAGGACUGAAGAAAACGGGGAACAAUCUACUUCACAACAGCAAUCACAACCAAGAAGUGUUUCUCCGUCACCGCUUUUGGAUGCCUCGAAUGCCUUCACAGUUAGAGAUUUACAAUCACUUUUAAAAAAUCUCGAUUCGGAAAUAGCAAUAAAUGAACAACACCUAAAUGACGAAAACGAUCGCCGUUAUAUGUUCAAGGUCGAUGAUUGCCGCCGCACACAUAAUUAUGAUGAAUUUAUUUGCGCAUUUUUAUCAAUGUUGGCUCAUCAGGGUGUUUUGGGUGAAUUAGUAAGUCAGCAUUUGCUUCCGUCUAAGAAAAUUGGUGGACAAAGCGCCGUUAACCGCAUUAGCAAACAAACGAGUGCCAAUAGUGUGUCACAACAAAAAAAUGGUAAAUCACCAAAAACACCAGGACGUCGAAGAAAAGGACGAAACAAAUGUAAAAAAAGGAAAUAAGU